UGGGGUUGGAGUUCCAGCGUUCUUCUUCCCUUAGUAACAAAGAUGGAGUCGGACGUUUCGUUCAUCCCGCAGCUAGUGGAGAGCAUUAAAGAGCAAAUUAACCAUAGCGUUAGCAACAGUUCGGCCUUUCAUGCUAGCUCUAUAGCUGGGGCCGAGACUAAUAAAAACACACACAACACCAUUAAUUCCCAGAAUAAAGAUGAUCAGAAUCACAAGGAGCUUUUCAGUGAGCUGUUCACUGACUCGUUCUGCAAGGUGUGUGGAGCUGUGCUACAGUACGAAUCACAGCGCAUUUCCCACUACAAGGGUAAGAAGCACGCCCAGAAGGUCAAGCUCUUCUUUCAGAUGCAGAAAGAUAAAGAUAAAAACAAUGCCAAGAAUGAGCAGAACAACUUCCGGAAUGAGGGUGUUGUGGAUAAGAACCGCUUCUGCAGCCUGUGCAACAUGGUAUUCAGCUCCCUGGUGGUGGCGCAGUCUCACUACGCAGGGAAAGUGCACGCUAAGUAUCUGAAGAAGUUCGGAGGCGAGACGCUGGCCACAGCCUUGACCCCACCGGCCGCACAGUCACAAGCAGAUAACACCCCUAAUGAGGCUGCUCCUUCGAUGGACCCCCCGAUGGUCAUGCCCGAGUCAGCGCCUCCAGAGGAGAGGUGUGGGGAGCCGGGUAGCGAGCCUGCCCCCUCGGGAGUGGAUCUGAAUGACUACAAUAAAUACUGCAAGCUGUGCUCCGCAUCCUUCAACAACCCCCAGAUGGCGCAGCAGCACUACAGUGGGAAGAAGCACCUCCGCAACGAGACACGCAGGAAGCUGCUGCAGGACCUGGGCGAGGAGGCUGUGCCUGCUGACAGUGACUCCAACGAUGUUGGAGUGGGCACCUUUAUUUGUCCUAUCUGCAGCAUUACCCUGAACUCCAUAGAAAUGUACCAGGCGCAUAUGCAGGGGAAUAAACAUCAGGUCAAAGAGACAAAGGUGGCUAACCUCAUGAAGAACACCAAGAAGAAGGUCUACGAUUCCUUCCAGGAUGAGCUGGCUGACUACAUUCAGGUUCAGAAAGCCAGGGGGCUUGCCCCAAAGACUUCCAGCAACAAAGGAAGGGAGGGGUUUGAAGACAGUGAGUGUGCGGAGGAGGACGAGGCCAGUAACUUCUCCAUGGAAGACACUGGCGGUCCUUGGCAAGAAGAGGCUGGUGAGGAAGGGUACCCCAGCUUCCCAACGCAGGAAAACAACUGGUUCAGGCGAGGCAAAUGUGUGGAGGGCGUUCCGGGAUUUCCACCAAAGACCCAAAGAAGGUUUAGAAAAGACAAUUUUGCAGGAAAUGCCAUGAUUCCCAACUUUGCACCCCAGAACAUGCGGUUCAGGCCUGGCCUGUGUGGUAAGGACAUGCAGAAUCCAGGUUUUCCCCCAUUUGGGCAACCUGAGUUCCAAGCCCAACCAUGGGGUCCACCUUUUCCACCAUCGUGGGAGGGUAACCGAUUCAGACAGGGUAAGUUUGAAGGGGAAGCGAAGGGACCUGGCUUUUCAUCUAAGAACAGGAUGCUCAGGAAGAAUAUGAGAAGCCACAGAUUACAAGCAAAGGCGGCCCCAUUGGGUGAGUGCGAGGAUGGUUCUGCAUUUCCGUCUAUGGACUACAGACCAGGUUGUCUUGCUGAACCACGUGGGGCAUUCCAAGUGAGUCCCAUGUACCCACUCCCACAAGAGAACAUCCAGAGUUACCCUUAUAGCGCAGAUGUGCAGCCUCAGCCAGCAGCCCUCUACAAAGAGGGCAGCCAGGAGCUCUCCAGCCAUGACUCUGAGGAUGACUAUGGGCACGGGACCUCCGAGGAUGCGGGCAGCAGCCCGAGCAGGAGGGUGAAGAGGAAGCACAGGAAAGAGAGGCGGACCCAGGAGGAUUCAGACAGUGAGGAAGAACGAGCCAGGCACAAGAGGAGGAGAAGACACCAACACACUGGGCCGGGGAAGGAGAGGGAGGAGAAACAGAAAGCAAGGAAGGAGAGGAAGGACAAAGAGGAGAAGGUGGGCGAGAUGACCGAGGACAAGCCAGCGAAGGAGGAGAAGGCAAAGCACAAGGGCAAGGAGGGCAAACCGAAACACAAGAAAGACAAGAAGAAGAAAGAGGAAUUGGAUGGGAGAACUGAGGAAGAGAAGCUAUGGGAUGAAUCCAUAAUGGGGUUAAUGUAAAGCAUACCCUUGCAUCCGUCUCAUAAGAGUGCAAUCGUUCUACUGUCGAAUUGCGUUUGAUGGACUUUAACACUUGGCAAAAGACUAAUUUAAACCCACAUAGAUCCUGAUCUGUUUAUCUGACAAAUUAUUACCAUUAUUUUUUUACAUUUAAUAACAAGUUUAAAAAGCAGAUUUUAACAGUAACAUUAGAAAGAUACUGUGAAAUGCUAUGAAAUAAGCAAAGUUAACGCUGUACUUUACUGCAUUUUGGGUAGCAACUUGGUGUGCUGUGUGGCAAUGAGCUGAAUGUUUCUUUGUUUUUGUUUUUAUUAAAUAAGCAGAUGCAGUACGAUAUUUGAAUAUCACUAAAGAAACUUGUUUUUUUUUAAAUCAAAUUUCAAGGUCUGGAUGCAGUAAAAUAUUGUCAUUGUUAAUGAUUUUAAAUUCACAGAUGGGGUGGUUCAACCAGGUCCCAUUGUGUUCUAGACAUGUUUUUAGUUUUGUAUUUAUUUAUUUUGACUCUACACCCUGGUGAGUACAGGAGCCUAGCAGUGAAAGGCCAGGAUUGUGGCCCCCAGCAACACAUCGCACAAGCGCACAGGCCGGUACGCAGCCUCUGUUAUCAACAGCGCCCUCCUGUGGCAUUUGGUGCUUUCAAGCAUAGACACUUUAAUCUGACCCUAGUGCAACAGUUGAGAGUACAUUUGUACCCCAGCAUUUAUAUUGUGAACACUACUUUUACUUGAGAGACUGGCCUAUUGACCAGUGUUUAAAUAUACAGUACAGUUUAAAAUCCUACAACAUUUUUUUUCAGAGACAGAGACAGAAAAGAGAGACAGAGGCAGAGAGAGAAAGCAGACAGACAGGCAGAGAGAGGACUGGUUUCAGUUGUGUCUGCAGUCCAUGACUUUUUCAAUUUUUUUAAGUGUCAACGUAAAUGUAUUGCUGCUGGACUUCAUCCAGGAGACAGGAUGAAGGUUAAGGGCCCAGUUGCUUUCUGAAUCCUGGUUCAGUUUUCCCAGAACCGUCCCCUCUCAGACCUGAGCAUAUUGUAUAUGUCUGAAAGGGGGAGGGGAAUCAUAAGUAUUUAUAAUUAAGUAUUGGAAAACUGAAGGGCAUUCAGCCUAGAAUGAAAUAUGUCUUACCUCGUAUGAUGAACUCCACGCACCGGGUGAACUCCCACUCUCCCUGUUGCUUGGGUCAGGAUGAAAACCAAGCGGUUCCAGGGAGAAACGGAGCACCAUGUCCAAACAUACCAGUGACAGCAGGGAGAAAGAUGUGCCUUGUAUACAGCGGCGGCCUUUACUGAAAUUCCAGCAGUGACUGCGCAACCAACUCCUGCACAGGUAGCGAUGCCAACAGUAACCAAAGAUCUUUUCUUCAGUGACUGCAGGAGUUUAGAGAGCUCAAGGCAGAUUCUGCCUCCCCCAUGUAGACCGGGCAGCGGUUUCUGAUACCACAACAGCAUGGCGUGCACAGGAGCAGAAUUGCUCUGCAGACGCACACAGCCUGGGAGACGAUGACGUCAUGGACUCUGGCCCAGAUGAAGACGCAUCAGUUGCUGGAGACGGUACUGAACCUGUGUAUACAAAUGCUAAUGUUUUAAAAAGGAUUUCAUUGUCCCUCAACAUUACUACCCAGACGAGUACUGAAGAGGACAAUUUCCUAAGCAUCAUUUAUGCAAAGGAUAGGAAAGCCUUUGAAGGUUUCCCCUUCCAUGAGGUAGUGUGGAGGCCCUUUGAGGCUAUGUAGGGUAUGCCAGCGUUUGCUGCACUGCAUCUUCCCAGAACAGACAAAUUCUACAGGGUUCAUAAAAAUAAUAUUACCUUAAAUUGCCAAAAGUGGACACUAUCAUGGCAAUACCUGCUACGGGUGCAUCAUACAGAUCGGUUCUAGAUCGGGGAGACGGAAAGGUUGAUACUUUCUUGGAGAGGCUACUCCACCUCCACUUGCAGUAUGUGUAUCAAUAAUUACCAAAUACAUGCUACCAAAUGCCAACACAAGCUAUGGAGCCAGCUGUCUGCUUCCUUACAGACCCCUACCCCGGAGAACAUCAAACUGGUCAUGCAUAUUGCUGAAGAGGGAAAAAAUGCUGUAAAAAUCCAGCUACAGGCAGCAUGCGAUAGCAUUGACACCAUUGCUAGGGCUGUGGCGAAUGCUGUCUCUGCAAGACGUUGUCUGCAUCCUUAACCCCUGUCAAAGGUCAAAAGUACUCAAGCUACUCUUUCAAGGGGACCUACUAUUUGGCACUGGCCUCACGGACUCCCUGGCACAGAUGAAGGAGGCAAGACAGGCCAUCGGGUCCUGCUCAACAGCCGGGAGAGGUGCAUCCUUCAAUAAGGCAUAUUUCAACAGGCAUAGACAAAGGUUUAGAUAGCAGCCAAACCAAUCUUCCUUCGGAGGACAAAACCAGUUUCAACGGAGCCAAGGUUUCAGGCCAUACGGAUCCUCUCAGGCUAUAAUAAAGGUAGGCCAUCUAAAGGGGUUAACCACCUAAGGCCCCCAAGGAAACAGAUCAUUCCUCAAUGGAGCCUCGAUCUAGUACUGGAUAAACUCAUGGGACCACCAUUUGAGCCCAUGGUGACAUGCAAUGAGAAUUUCCUGACAUGGAAAACAGCGUUCCUAGUCGCAGUGAUGUCAGCAAGAAGGGUAAGUGUGGUCCAGUGGUUAAAGAAAAGGGCUUGUAACCAGGAGGUCCCUGGUUCAAAUCCCACCUCAGCCACUGACUCAUUGUUUGACCCAGAGCAAGUCACUUAACUCCUUGUGCUCCGUCUUUCAGGUGAGACGUAAUUGUAAGUGACUCUGCAGCUGAUGCAUAGUUCACACACCCUAGUCUCUGUAAGUCGCCUUGGAUAAAGGCGUCCGCUAAAUAAAUAAUAAGUGAACUUCAAGCACCAGUGAUUGAUGCACCCUACUUCCAGUCAUUCAGGGGCAAGAUUGUCUGUAGGCCAAAUCCCCAGUUCCUACCUAAGGUGGUAACAAGUAUUCAUAUCAACCAGGUCAUGACUUUUCAUGAUUUUUACCCAAAACCAUAUAAAUCAGAAGAGGAGGCUAGACGCCACCUAAUUGAUGUACGGAGAACACUGAAUUUCUAUAUUCACAGAACUAUCAAUAAGAGAACAUCAGGGCAGCUUUUUGUGUCUUAACUCUCAAACUCAGGGCAAACCUGUGUCAGAACAGACCAUUUCUAGGUGGAUUACAUCUUGUAUCGUGUUUUGUUAUAAACGUGAUAAAAAAAAAAAAAAGAAAACCUGUUCCAGGAUCUAUCCAAGCCCACUCGGUAAGAGGAGUGGCUACUACUGGGGCAAAAUUAAAAUCCAUCCCAAUCCAGGACAUCUGCAAUGCUGCUGCCUGGGCCUCUUUCAAGACCUUUAUAAAACAUUACAAUUUAACUGUGUCUUGCUCUCAGCCCACCUUUACUCACUCUGUGGUGGCUGUGGCUUCUUGCACUAAUAUCUGACCUACCACUCUUUAUCUACUGCCUUUGGUGCAGUUCACUCUUUGUGUGGAGUUCAUCAUACAAGGUAAGAAAACGAGUAUUACCUGUAACCUAUUUAUUGAAUUAAUUGUUUGGAAAUUUGGACAACAAUACCAAGGGAUGUGGGAGGUUUUAUAAAGGAGGGACACUGACUUUGGUGCUAAAAACUAUUAUAUCAGGGAUCUCUGGGAAAGAGAUCAUUUGGUUUUUCUCCUGACCCGAGCAACAUGGAGACUGGGAGUUCACUCUGUGUGUAGAGUUUAUCAUUCUAUGAAGAAACCAUAUUACAUGUAAUCUUCAAUCUCAAUCUUCUUACUGUACACAGUAGAAGCAUUACAGGCUACAAUUAAGUAUAUUUAUGUACACUGUAAAUUAUUUUGUAAAGUUGAAGUAAUUCAGUUGAUACACUUUUGUAGUAAGAGUCAUUUACAAGUUACCCAUUUUUAUUUUGCUCAAACUGAUACUUUGCUUUUUGCAGGUCUCUUUGACAGUUGUAUUUGAUGGACACCAGAUUAAACAUACUUUUGUUUACGGAUAAGAUAAACUAGAAAUGACGAUUCUGUUCUAAUGUGGUGUUAGCUGUUUGUAGUGACUCUUAAGGGGAGUGGAGACGCCUAGCAUGACCAGAGCUUGUUACCUAUACACCUGUCCAUUGAAGAUAUAUGUAAGCGCAAGGCGUGGGGACCAAGAUGUUUGUAAAUCUGUUUUAUUAUUAUACACCAGCAAGAUAACAUUAAUACAAGAGCACAUUAAAGACUUUGUAAUAGCAUUUCUAAUAGAUUUUCACUUUUUACUUUCUCUUCAGUUCUUUCCUAAAAUAGUCCAGCAUACAAGCCCAUGGCCUUAUCAUGCAUAUAAGCAAACUCCCGUUGCAUAACAGCAUGCUCCUGUUUGCACGAUUAUACGGUAGGUAUAAAACCAGCAGGAACACAAGAACAUCAGGCUCUUUCAGCAGUGCCCUGGUUUGUGCCAGCAGUAAGCUAAUGGCACAUGCACCGAUAGAAGAACAGUAAGGAAAGGAAGGUGGGUGGAGUACUGCCAUCUUGUCUCUGUCUGAAUGUGUGUGGGAUGGAGGUACCACCACUGACAAUUAUAAACUAAACAACCCUUUCCCUUACUCUGCAUUACAAGCGGUCGUUCCAAAUUCCUUAAAACGACCAACAAAAUUCCAAGCUCCAGUUUCAUGUGUGUGUCUGUAUCUGUGUGCACUGUAUGUAUGUGUCUGUCACUGAGUGAAUGAGUUAACCAAGAUGUUAUCUCAUGUCAAAGGCAGAAGCGCAGACCACACACGUGAACCCCCUCACUCCGGUUUCUCUCGACAGCCUCCCAGCUGUUCAUGUGGUGAGGGUGCUAUAUAGGCCACGGCAUGCAUGCCACUUGUGUGUGCGAAGUCCUUUGUUUUUAGCAGCUCUGGGUUAAACCAUGUCUGAAUUAAGUGGGCUUUUAAUGUGCUUGCGGAAAUGACUUAAACUCCUGCCUGUCUGCUUUAAGAACCUGGCUUAUUAUUUAUUGGGGAGGAGAUGAGGAUGUCAUUUUG